UUUCUCUCUCUAGUCUCCACUUUCUCUCUCUAGUCCAUUCUCGUUCUACUCUCUCUCUACGUGGUGGCGCGGCGCUUUCUCUCUCCUCCCACUCUCGCUCUCACCUUGGUUCGAUCGAGCGACUCCUCUUUGGAGAUCGAUCCUCUCCCCUCCCCUCCCCUUCCCUCUCACAUUGGAUUCUUGUUGGUGUGGAACCCUAGUUCGGAGAUUUGAGGAGCCCGAAACAAGGAGCUUAAAAAUGUUAUCUUUAAGGUAUCUAUGGAGCAAUUCUACUGGAUCUAGCACUUGAAGUAGUACUGUUCUGAACAGACUUGGUUGAGCUUAUUUGUUCUACUAUGGAGGAAGAAAAUUUUGUGGAGCUACUCCAACGGUAUCGCCGUGAUCGUCAUGUGCUCCUCAAUUUCAUUCUUUCUGGCAACUUGAUCAAGAAAGUUGUAAUGCCACCCGGCGCCAUAUCCAUGGAUGACGUAGAUAUAGAUCAGAUUAGCAUUGAUUAUGUCCUCAACUGUGCUAAGAAAGGUGAAACCCUUGAUCUCUCAGAAGCUAUUAGACUUUUUCAUGACAGCCUUGACUAUCCUUCAAUGAAUGAUAAUGGUACCAUGGAAGAGUUCUUUUUAGUUACGAAACCAGAGUCUUCAGGUUCAGCACCAACACGAGCACCGCCACCUGUCCCGGCGACCAUGCCUUCACCUAUAGUGAUGAGUUUUUCGAAAUCACAAUCGGUUCAUUCACAGUCAUUUCAUUCUCAAGAGGAUCAGGAAUUGACUGUAGAUGAUAUUGAGGACUUUGAAGAUGAAGAUGAAGAAGAAGAUGAAGUUACUAGCCUCAGGCUUUCAAGACGGCAGUCCAAUAAUGCUACUGAUAUUUCAUUGAGACUACCGCCUUUUACAACGAGUAUAACAGAUGAUGAUCUUCGUGAAACAGCAUAUGAAAUCCUCGUCGCUUCUGCAGGUGCUUCAGGGGGUCUCAUAGUGCCAUCGAAAGAAAAGAAGAAAGAAAAGAAGUCCAAAUUGAUGAGAAAGCUUGGUCGUAGUAAGAGUGAAAGCGUUUCUUCGCAAGUUCAGCGUGCUUCAGGCUUAGUUGGCCUGCUGGAGACUAUGAGAGCCCAGCUUGAGAUUACAGAGUCGAUGGACAUUAGAACAAGGCAAGGAUUGCUUAAUGCUCUUGUAGGAAAAGUAGGGAAACGGAUGGAUAAUCUCUUGAUACCAUUAGAACUUUUGUCCUGUGUAUCAAGAACAGAGUUUUCUGACAAGAAAGCGUAUCUUCGGUGGCAAAAGAGACAGUUAAACAUGCUGGAAGAAGGCCUCAUAAAUCAUCCUGUUGUGGGAUUUGGGGAAAUGGGGCGCAAACUCAAUGAGCUGAGGAACAUUAUGAGACAGAUUGAAGAGUCCGAGUCUCUGUCACCAUCGGCUGCUGAAAUACAACGUACAGAGUGCCUUAGAUCACUAAGAGAGAUUGCGACUUCUCUUGCUGAAAGGCCAGCUCGCGGUGAUUUGACUGGAGAGGUCUGCCACUGGGCUGAUGGGUAUCAUCUCAAUGUCAGACUAUACGAGAAAAUGCUUGGCGGUGUUUUUGAUGUGUUGGAUGAGGGAAAACUCACAGAGGAAGUGGAAGAAAUUCUUGAGCUGCUGAAGGCCACCUGGCGAAUAUUAGGAAUCACGGAGACAAUUCAUGAUACAUGCUAUGCAUGGGUAUUAUUUCGCCAGUUUGUUAUUACAGGUGAGAAGACGAUUUUGCCAUUAGUAAUUGAGCAUUUGAGGAGAAUACCAUUGAAGGAGCAACGUGGUCCACAGGAAAGGUUACACUUGAAAAGUUUACGUUGUUCAGAUGAGAGUGAAGGUGGCCAUCAAGUUUUUACAUUUUUCCAGUCUUUCUUACUUCCGAUUCAGAGAUGGGCUGAUAAGAUUCUGACUGACUAUCAUCUGAAUUUCUCAGAGGGGCCAGAGAUGAUGGCAGAAAUAGUGACUGUCGCAAUGCUCACCAGGAGGAUCUUAAUGGAAGAAAAUGAAAACCAAGUAACGGGCUCAGCUGAUCGAGAUCAGAUUGAUCAUUAUAUUACAUCUUCUGUUAAAAGUGCUUUCUCAAGGAUCACACAUGCUGCUGAAACUAAGGCAGAAACAGUGCACCAACAUGUUUUGGCAUUCCUUGCAGAGGAGGCCAUGAAACUUCUGAAGAAAGAUACUACGAUGUUUUUACCAAUUUUAUCAAAAUGGCACUCACAGGCUGCAGUAGUUUCUGCCUCCCUUCUCCAUAAACUUUACGGGCACAAAUUGAGACCAUUUCUUGAUCGAGCUGAGCAUCUCACAGAGGAUGUGGUUUGUGUCUUCCCAGCAGCUGAUAAUCUUGAACAUUACAUAAUGUCAGUUAUGUCUUCUGUAGUAGGAGAUGGUGGUGUUGAGGAUAUUUGCAGACAAAAAAUUACUCCGUACCAGGUUGAGAAUAUAUCUGGUACACUGGUUUUACGAUGGGUGAAUGCACAGCUUGACAGAAUCAGUGGCUGGGUCAAAAGAGCUAUUCAACAAGAGGCUUGGGAACCGAUAUCACCUCAGCAGCGCCAUGGAAGUUCUAUUGUUGAAGUUUAUAGAAUUAUCGAAGAGACAGUUGAUCAAUUUUUUGGGCUCAAGGUGCCGAUGAGGGUUGGAGAGUUAAACAGUCUCUAUCGCGGCCUUGAUAAUGCAUUUCAAGCCUAUACAAAUUAUGUUACUGAACACUUAGUUAACAAGGACGAUCUAAUACCGCCUGUGCCUGUUCUUACUCGAUAUAAGAAGGAAAUGGGAAUCAAGGCUUUUGUGAAGAAGGACGUUGCAGAAAUUAGAAUAAUGGACGACAAAAAAUCAAGUGAAAUCAAUGCACUUACAUCAGCGAAACUUUGUGUGCGAUUGAAUACUCUUUAUUAUGCAAUCACCCAAUUAAAUAAGUUGGAAGAUAGCAUUGGACAACGGUGGGCUAAGAAGAAAAGCGAGACAUUCAACGCCAGACGAUCACUUGGUGAGAAGUCCAAAAGCUUUGCCUCAAGCCAGAACAAUGCAUUUGAUGGGAGUCGAAAGGAAAUUAACUCUGCUAUUGAUCGGAUAUGUGAGUUUACAGGGAUAAAGGUUGUAUUUUGGGAUCUGAGGGAGCCAUUUAUAGACAAUUUGUACAAACAUAGUGUAUCUCACGCACGGUUGGACACAAUUACGGAAGCUCUCGAUGUGGUGCUAAAUCAACUUUGUGGGGUCAUUGUGGACCCACUCAGGGAUCGUGUCGUCACGGGGCUCCUCCAAGCAUCCUUGGAUGGCUUGCUUCGAGUAAUACUAGAUGGAGGUCCUUCCCGUCUCUUCUAUCCUAGUGAUUCUAAGUUGCUCGAAGAAGAUCUUGAAAUUCUCAAGGAAUUUUUUAUCUCUGGUGGAGAUGGGUUGCCUCGAGGAACUGUUGAGAAUCUGGUCGCACGAGUUCGUCCGGUAAUAAAUCUGCUGAGCUACGAGACUCGCGUGCUCAUAGAUGACCUAAAAGAGAUGACUCACGGAGGCAGAAGCAAACUCGGAGCGGAUUCAAAAACACUUCUAAGGAUACUGUGUCACAGAAGCGAUUCGGAGGCAUCCCAAUAUCUCAAAAAGCAGUUCAAAAUACCCAAAUCAGCAGCUUGAAGCACAUCAGUGUGAGGAUCCAAAGGAGUUCCCUGACUAUAUAUAUUUGAGGAAGAGUAAUCAUCCGAUAGCGAUAUUCACAUCCUGCAAGGCUCUGUAAAUUGUAGAGUGAAUUUGAUUUCCUGGGAAAUAGAGGAGAAAAACCGGUUGGAGCACAACUAACCAAUUUUGCAAAUUUGAACCCUCUAUUAGUCGAUAAUCAUCUUAUGAGGGGCUGAAGAAGAGCAAGUCACAGCAUCUAGGGUUUCAUGUAUUCUAUUGAUUUGUCGAAAAACCAGUAAAUGAACCUACUUAACUGCCAUUGUUAGUUAUUCUUUGCAUAAUUUAAUGGUUGAAUGGAUGUGUGAAAUUAUUCUAGAGACACCCUCACUCGAAACCAUCGACUUCGCUGCUACAUCUGAUAAAUAUAAUUGGGCAUUGUCUAAUACGUGGCACUAAAUUUGUGGACAAUUUUUUUUAUGUUUAAUACAUUGUAUCGGUUGUUUUGUUUUAUUUUCUGUGUCAAUAUACAUUGUAAAAUUUGUGCAGGAUC